AUGCAUUCGGACAUCCAUGUAGUUGUCCGCUUCCAUGAUCAAUCCGUGUUUGCGGGCGAGCACCUCCGAUGCACCAUCACUUUCAGAAAUGUCGCGAACUCGCUGGAGCUGCCUACCCCUUCGUAUCAGACCUUGCGAAGGAGCAGGCGCGAGAGUAUCAGCCAGCUGGCGGCCCAGUCGACGAAACCAAACACUAUCUUGAGGCUGAGCCAGAAUGGCCAGAACGGCCGAUCGACCGGCCAUGAGCAUUCGGCGGACCAGGCCGGCCGCCAGAUGCCAUUGGGAUCAUGGUCCAGCGACAACCCAGCCAGUGUGCAAAGGCCGGGCCACAAGCAACAGAGGUCCGUGUCAAUAAUCUCGCUCACCUCUCCGACAAUCGCGGGGGAUCUCGAACAUGGCGCGCCUGGCGGCUGGGCCAAGCCAAAAAGACCCAGUCAUUCACGAUCUUCAACGGUCCAGAUUCAGCAUGGUAAGUCAACCCGGGAUAUGUCAUUGAACGGAGGGCAAAGAAACUUAUCAAGCACAGCUCCGCAACGGAGGCCUAGCCAGCAAUAUCACCGAGACUCCCCGACUCGUCUUCAACUGCCCCCCAGAGGAGGUCGGCGAAGCCCAUUGUCGACAGCGGCUACUGGAAGUCGUGAUUCUCCCCCUGACAUUAAACUGAACUUACCUAUAGGAACUGCCAGAGACAGGGUAUCGGACUACUAUGAACCUAAUGAACUGCAAAUCCCCAGCCCUGUCGAUGCCGGCGACGCUGCCAAAGGGUCUGGGACCGGGCCAGACCUCGCCAGUGAAAGGAGCAGCGGCGACUUCUACUCGCUCAGCAAUCAUUCGCAAGAGACUCUAAUGUCAGAGCAACCCUCGGUCAUGUCAGACCACCGGCCGGCUUGGGUGAACUCGACGGCCUUGCCUCGACGACCGCCAUUGAGACCGACACAGAAGCCUCAAGCCGUGAAUCUCCUGAUGGGCUAUGCUCAGCUGAGCGCCACAUUCACACUGGACGCCUCGCUGAUCGACCAGUCGCACUUUGAAGAAGUCAAAAGCAAAGGCUUUCUAGGCGGCCAGGCCGGAGGCGGCGUCGUUGGGGUGAAGAAACCGCGGCCCAACAGCGGCUUCCUGGGACACUUCAACUUCAAUGCGAUCGGCGGGUCCUUGAACAGCCUGAUGGGCGGCGACGACAUGAGCAGCGUCAAGGAGAUGCACGCCGUGACCAAUUCGCGGGCAAUCCCAAUCCUCUCUAGUCCACAGUCGCUGUUGUUCGUCGACAUGCACCUUGAGCCAGGCGAGGAGCAGACCUACUCUUACAGCUACCCUCUACCCCGUGGCCUACCUUCCAGCCACCGGGGCAAAGCUAUAAAGAUUGCGUACAACCUGACGGUCGGCGUUCAGGGCGUACCGGGCAGUCGGGACGUCCACACGGUCCGGCAAGUCAGCAUUCCAAUCCGUGUCUUCCCCGGGGUAAGUCACGACGGCGAGAUCUACGGACAUGAUCUGAUGCAACCUCAUGUCAUUCUGCGCGAUCUUGCCCGUACCAAGUCUAUCUCGACCCCGCAGGACCAGGAAGAAGCGGCCACAACCCCGACCACCAAGUCGGCUGAGAAGUCUAGCGUCGAAUUUCUACAGUUUGUGGACACGCUCUUGGACCACAAUCGCCGGCGACAGUCGAGCUCUGGGACGAUGGAAGCUUUUCUGAAUACCCAAGAUGCCGGAGGCCGCGGCAAGGCUCUCCAGGCCAUUGACCGGGCGAUUCUCUUCAGCAACGCCUUGUCGGACAGCGAGUCGAGUCCGAACCGCUUCGAGAUUUCGCGGGCCGGCUCGCGCGUCGCGGUCAUCGUCAUUGAUCGGCCUUUGCAUCGGCUCGGGGAGACAGUCACGGCCGUCAUCGACUUCUCCGAAGGCGAAGUCCCCUGCGCCUCGCUCAAAGCGACGCUCGAGACGUCCGAGAAAGUCGCGCCCUCGCUCGCGGUCCGAUCCGUCCACACAAUCAACCGCAUCACACGGAAGAUUUACGCCGCCCGCGCCGAGAACAUCCUGUUCGCAAAACGGGCCACGUUUGCACCCAGUAUUCCAGCAACCGCGACACCUACAUUUGUCACCUCGGGCGUCAAUCUCGACUGGAGUCUUCGUUUCGAGUUUGGCACCAUCAAGCCGGUCGAGAACGACGAGGGCGAAUUCAAACAUGUCACAGAGCUGCUCGAGGAAGUGGUUAACGACGAGCGAGGCACCGUGAAUGUCGCCGCGGAGAAUUUGGAGUGCGACACAUUCGAAGUCGUGAUACCCAUCACCGUCUACGGCGAUCUUGUCCCCGACGGCAAGGAAAACGACGAGAUCAUCGGCAUUCCAAUUUGA